GCCGCGCCGGUAGUCGUGCGCCGGAGCCGCGCCGUGCCGGUCGCUCCCAUAUAUACGGCCGGUGGUGACGGAGCGACCCACACGACCAGCAUGGCGUGCACAUGGACCACUCCCGGCCGCGCCCUGCCCCUCCUCACAGCCAGUUUUAUUCUGUUGAGCACUGCCACAGCUUAUAACUACAACAGUCACCUGCGGACUGUAUUCGACUCUGAAGACAGUUCCAGGCAAAAUGUCGGAGAUCGGUUGGGAAAUGCGCCACGAUAUUAUACCGGUGCCCGCCUCACCCCUCCACCUGCCAGAACCGAGUCGGGCCCGGCUCUGACGACAUUUCAGGUUUCCUCCCAGGGACCAUUCCAGCAGCACCUCCAGUACACAUUCCAAACCCCAUUCCAGGCGCCGUUCCAGUCUCCGUUCCCCGCCCUGCUCGAGGCUCGGUCCCAGGAGGUUUACGCCGCUGUGGAGAGGACGUACGACGACGCGCCGCUGGGGGAGGUGAUAUCGGCGGCCCCCGAGGAGCCCGCCAGCGUCAGACCGCUGACCUCUGAGGGGGAGACGCCCGAGGGGGACACUGGGGACGCCACCGACGACGGUGCCGACGCUGAGGAGACGGAGGACGGUCGGCUCGAGCUGGAGGGUGAUGACAGUGUGCCGGGACCGGCCGUGGACCGGGAGGUGUCCCGGCUGGGAGUCUUCCAGUCGCCCCGGCCAGUUUUAUCGGAUCCCGCUCUGUACAACCGGCUUCUGUGUGAGAACCCUGACGGUUCUCAGGGCGUGUGCCAUGAGAACCAGUUGAGCUGCAAGCUGAGAGGAGGCUCCUUCAGUCAUAAAUGCUCCGGCGGAAACGGCGUCUGCUGCGUGUUCCAGAGCAGCUGUUCCUCGUUCACCAGGGAGCGCGUGUCGUACUAUCGAAACCCCGACUUUCCGUUGAACAGCACCGGGAACCGCAUCUGCAACUACAAAGUUGUUCUACAGCCGUCGACAUGUGGCCUCCGGAUCGACUUUAUGAACUACACGACGGAGAUCACGCCGUCGUGCACGGAGACGCAGCUAUCCGUGUUUGUGGGGGACCAUACCAGGACGGCGCCGCAGUGCGGGGUGCGCACCGGAUACUCCAUGGUGUUUGACAGUCUGAACGCGACCAGAGACAGGGAGGCCGUCAUCAGCCAUGUGCUCGGCGGCCGCGAGCCCUACGCCUUCGAGAUCCGCGUCACGCAGAUGCUCUGCUCGUCUGUGAGGCCCAUCCCCGAAGAAAGCGCCUGCGGUCGGCGGAACGUCGGUAUGGUCCGCCACAAACGGGAGGCACCACGGACCCCUACCGGCGCCACUCUCUUCCCCACCGGCGACCCGGACACACCUCUGGAGCUGGAGAUAGCCGAUGCCGUGGACGCGAACGGCAGUCAGCUGGCGACCCGUAUCCUGGGUGGCCGCGAGGCGGAGGUCAACGAGUGGCCCUGGCAGGUGGCGCUGCUGAAAAAGGUGGUCACCAAACAGGGCAAGCGGGCGGCGCGCUUCUUCUGCGGCGGAACACUCAUCGGCAAGGAGUACAUCCUGACGGCCGCGCACUGCGUCGACAAAUUCGACGGUUUCAACCACACGGACCUGCGCUCACACCUGAUCGUGCUGCUGGGCGACCACGACCUGCGCUUCCUGAACGAGUCGAAGCAGGAGUUCCGGCGCGUGUCGCGGGUGAUCGUGCACCCGCUGUACGACUCCAGCCGCAACCAGCACGACAUCGCGCUGCUGCAGAUCUCCAAACCGGUCAACUUCUCCGGGGCCAUCGCGCCGGCCUGCCUGCCCAAACGGCCCAGGACGUUUACGGACACGGACCUGAACAUAUCGGGCUGGGGCGUGGUGUCGUUCAACGGCUCGCGCCGCGGCCCCACCUCGUUCGUACUGAAAACCACCACUGCCAAGGGCGUCGACCGCGCCGCGUGCGACAAGACGUGGGACGACUUUGACAAUCCGGGGACCGUGUACCGGGAGCUGCCGCACCUCACCGAGAACCAGGCCUGCGUCGGAAACUCGCCCGGAGCCGCCUGCUUCGGUGACAGCGGCGGCCCGAUCACGACUCAGGAGGAGAGCGGUCGGUUCACAGUGCUGGGCGCCGUCAGCUUCGGCCCGCCGCUCUGCAAGGUGGGCGGCAAGUUCCCCACCAUCUACUCGCGCGUCGCGGCCUACCUCGGUUGGAUCCAGAUGGCCAUGGUCGACAUCUUCUGACCGGACCGGCCACCGAACGCUGGGUCUGAAUAGGGCCACUGAUUGUGAAAUGUAUUGGAAGUACGGAAACGCGUCAAAUGCGCGUGCAUCUGUCUGGAGCAUCUGCUGCAUCUGGUGAACCAGCAUUGUGAACGGCAGUGUGUCACAGGGCAUUCGGGGUGGCUGUGUGCAUGUCGUGUGUGGCAGCACGUGUGGAAACAGAGUGGGCAUAAUAAACAAAGGAUGUGUAUCAACGAGACGAUUAGAACGUUCGAAUUGCUCACAUGUUAGUCCAAUGUCCAGCAGCUGAAUUAUAUAUGCACUUAUUGUCUUAUAUAAAAGGACAAUCUCAUUCAUGUCGGUUGUAAAAGUUGCGUGAUCAAUGAUCAUUCUCUAUCGUUAUUGCAGGUAUUUUUUCAUCUAUGCAGUAGGUAUGAAUAAUCUUUGGGUUCGGUGUCGAAAAAUCAACACGGCUCUGCCGCUCUAAGCCAGUUAUAAUGGCAAAUGCGAGACAUUAUGCUUAAAAAAAAAAACGCUUCCUUUGAGACCGUCCUUUGGAAGAAAACGACUUUCUCAUUUGAUGUUGAUGUGGUUGAAAUGUAGGUAUCUGUGUAAAUUGUAUGUAGUUUGUGAUUGAAGUGGGUAGGUAUGUGUGAUGGAGAAAUAGACAAACUUUCAAA